CCCGACUUCAGAUUUCAUCUGCCACCCUCAAAGGUCAAAACACAGCUAAUUUUAUAUAAACAAUUAGUUGACUCAAAUCUCUAUAUAAACUCAACAUCUUAUAAAGCAAACAACAUCAACGGCAGGCUUUAUCUUCUCUCUCUUACCACCAUUCAUCAUCAUCAUCCUUUACAAAACCUACAACCAACGGAAAAAGACCAAACUAAUCGGCGAAACAAUUACAGAGCUCAAAAGUCAAAGCAAGAAACUGUUCAAUAACUUUUCUCCAACCCAGAAUCAGAAAGCAUGGCAAACUGUUCAAAAAAAGACUCAUGGGAUAUCACCAACUGUGGCGGUAAAUGGAGCUUCAGCUAACAAGUUUUCAUGUUGAAUGAGUUUAAAUUGGCAAUAAGUUCAUCACCAGCUUAUUUAGUUUAGUUAAUGGGAAAGAAUUCAAUCAUGGAGAAACAAGGGGAAUCCCAUGAAUGCCUUCAAAAAAAGCUCUUGCUUUUUUGUUUCAAGCGAUACCCGAAGACAUAGUGUUGCAAAUGGCAGCUCAAGUUGGGGGUAAGCUCACGGCCAACUUCAUCAGUAGAGUUAAUGGGAAGGAACUCCAUCAUGGAGAAACAAGGAGACUCUCAUCGUUGCCUUCAUGGAAUCAUCACUUCCACCCUCAGCAUUACCGGACUCCAGGCUAUGGUGCCAAGAAUGUGCAGCUCAAUUCAGAAACAUCUUCAGAAAAACUGGCAACACAAUAAAGAAAUUAGUCUGUAUCGAUCCACAAAAAUGCUUACUUUCACCAUCGUGCUUGAAUGCUUGUUUGGGAUUGGGAUUGAACCAGAGACGUUGUUUGGUGUUUUUGAGCGUGUCUUGGAAGGCGUUUUAUCUCCUCCGGUGAAUUUUCCGGGGAGUAAAUUCUCAAGAGAAAAGAAAGCAAGAACAGAGAUAGAAAAGGUAUUGAUUACUGAGGUGAGAGGAAAGAGAGAGGAAAUGGAAGGUGGGAGAGAUGAAGAAGACGGCAUGCUAUUUUCUAAGUUGGUGGCUGCGUUGAUCAGAGAUGAGAUUACAGAAGACGAGGUUGUUGAUAACGUGGUUUUAUUAGUCUUUGCAGCUCAUGAUACCACAUCUUAUGCCAUUACGAUGACGUUUAAGAUGCUCGCGACCUACCCAGACUGCUACUCUCUUCUACUAAAAGAACAUGAAGACAUUGCAAGAAACAAAAAGCCAGGUGAAUAUUUGACGCUUGAAGAUGUGAAGAAAAUGGAGUAUACAUGGCAAGUAGCUCGUGAGACCAUGCGACUCUGCCCUCCCAUCUUUUGGUUCCUUCAGAAAAGCAACAACUGA